AUGGCUGCUGCUAUGAGAAAGCAGUUGAUCGAGUAUCUUGAGGCUAACAAGGGCUUCGAGGACUCUGAAGUCCUUUGCAAGGACAAAGGCUGGGACCAUGAAGUGCUCGUGGGCGCCAUCAAGUCCUUGCAGGCCGAGGAGCAAGUAACUGCUGAGCCCAUCAAGCGCGAAGGCUGGAAGCUGACGGAAGAAGGAGUUCAGUACUGCGAGAAGGGAAGUCCAGAGGUUCAGGUAUUCAACUUCAUCAAGUCGAAGGGCUCUGCCCCCAAUGCAGAUGUCGAUGCCGCGCUUGGCGCGGUGGCCAAAAUUGGUCUGGGAACCUGCAUGAAGAACAAGUGGGUCUCCAUUGACAAGGCAACUAAGGUCUGCUCGCCUACCGUGGAUUCCGUAGAGGACACGGUGCAGAAGGAGCUCUCAUCUCUGAGCAGCUUAGACAAGGCGAAACUCGACGCACUGAAGAAACGAAAGCUCAUAGCGCCAACGAGCCUCACCGCCUUCAAGGUGGAGACGAGCGACAAGUUCUCUGCAGCGUCUCAGAAGGCUGUCGCAGACCUUACGUCAGAGAUGAUUCUGAAGGGCACGUGGAGCAGUACCACUUUCAAGCCCUUCAACCUCACAAAUGUCAGCGGCGUGCCUUGCACUGGUGGGCACCUGCAUCCCCUCAACAAGGUGAAGACGGAGAUGCGCCAAGUGCUCAUGCAGAUGGGCUUCGAGGAAAUGACCACAAAUCAGUGGGUUGAGAGUUCCUUCUGGAAUUUCGAUGCCCUCUUCCAGCCGCAGCAGCAUCCGGCUCGUGAUGCCCAUGACACGUUUUUCAUGGAGGAGCCUAGCAGGGCACAGGACAUUCCUGCGGAUUACCUUGCGAAAGUGAAGGAAAUGCAUGAGAAAGGUGGUCAGGGAUCUAUUGGCUGGCGCUACGACUGGAGCGAGGACGAAGCAAAAAAGACGCUUCUCCGAACCCACACUACGGCUGUGUCAGCCAGGACGCUGUACAAGUUGGGUGAGGAGUAUCGAAAAACUGGAGUUUUCCGACCCAAGAAGUAUUUUUCCAUUGAUCGUGUUUUCAGAAAUGAGACGUUAGAUGCCACGCACUUGGCCGAGUUCCAUCAGAUUGAGGGCUUCAUUGCCGACCGCAACAUAGGGCUACCGCAGCUCAUUGGAGUUUUGCGCGACUUUUUCAGUCGCAUUGGCAUCUCCAAAUUGCGCUUCAAGCCUGCCUACAACCCGUAUACCGAGCCCUCCAUGGAGAUUUUCGGUUUCCACCCCAUUCUGAAAAAGUGGAUCGAGGUAGGCAACAGCGGUGUGUUCAGACCAGAGAUGUUGUUGCCCAUGGGUCUUCCGGAAGACGUUUCCGUAAUUGCCUGGGGCAUUGGCUGCGAGAGAUGGACAGCGCUGCUUUACAACAUCCGCAUGAUCAAGGAGCUUUUCAGCUUUCAGCAAGAUGUGGCGGCAACGAAGAAAAACCCGAUGUGCUGGCUCCGCCGCGCGGAGGAUUAG